CCUACGCCUUCCUCAAUUCACCCAAACACUCUGCUCCAUAGCGGAAGGUCACAAGAGCCUCCUGCGCUCCAACUCGGAUCCCCCAAUUUCCUGAAUCUCCCUUUCACAAGAACAAGAUGGCCGGCCGUGGCAAGGGCAAGACCUCUGGCAAGAAGGCCGUGAGCCGCAGCGCCAAGGCGGGCCUGCAAUUCCCCGUCGGCCGCAUUGCUCGCUACCUGAAGAAGGGCAAGUACGCCGAGCGUAUCGGUGCCGGCGCGCCCGUGUACCUGGCUGCUGUGCUCGAGUACCUGACCGCUGAGGUGCUGGAGCUGGCCGGCAACGCCGCGCGCGACAACAAGAAGAACCGCAUCGUGCCCCGCCACAUUCAGCUGGCCAUCCGCAACGACGAGGAGCUGGGCAAGUUGCUGGGCGAGGUGACCAUCGCCUCGGGCGGUGUGCUGCCCAACAUCCACGCCGUGCUGCUGCCCAAGAAGACCAAGGGCGGCAAGGCCGAGGACGGCUCCGCGGCCGUGUAAACGGGCUGCGUGACGUGUGGCGUGGCUUCCCCCGCAGCUACCUCCAUCUUCUUCAAAUCCCCGGUGUUUAUCAACACCACCAAGUCAAAAGGUGCAACCAGAUGAGAGGGGAUCGGGCGUUGACUGUAGAAGAAGGGGGCGAACAGGGGUCCACGGGUAACGGCCAGCGGGGGCCAGCGGUGGGGCGCAGCAUGUGUCUGGCGGACUGGGCAGGGCCCGGCAAGCUGUCAGAGCUCCCGGCCGCAUUGUUUUAUUGUACAACUGAACACAUUUUGGCGGUGGUUUGUGCGGGGAAAGUCGGGUCCGCCGGCCUGUACGGCAUAUGCGGGGUGCCGCACACGGGUAGUGCCAACCUGCUUCUCGGGCGCCCGCAGGCGGUGGGCGGCGUCGUUGUUGGGACCUUGCGCUCGGUCUUGUGGACUUGGCUUGUAACGGAAUUCCGAA